UCUUUAAAAGCACUAGCUCCUGAUUGCACCUAUUAUUUGCAAAGUUUUGCUGCACCAAGCUGGUGGUGUUUACUCCCUGUACAUUCAGCUUUCUGAAGACUUUGAGGCAUUGGUAUUCGCCAGAAUCAUGUCAGACUCAACCUCCAAGGUGUCCGAAACUUCCAACCCUCGGGCUGUGGUUACAGAUCCAGCUUCUACUGCUUCUGCUGCUGAAGGCCCAGCAGAUUCCUCUUUUGGUGAGCAAAACCUGAGCUUCACCACCACGGAUCUCAGCCUGGUGGAAAUGACAGAAAUAGAAUACACACAACUUCAGCACAUACUCUAUUCCCAUAUGGAGGCGCAAGCAAAUGAAAAUGAAGCAGAAAAUAGGCAGAAUUCAAGUUCCUUCACCAACAAUCCUGCAAAUCAAUCACAAUACCUGUCAUCGUCUGGUAACAGUCUAAGUGGCUUUUCAUCAAACAGUUCUGGAAACCAGUCACUUUAUCCCAUUAUCUGUCAGUCUGGUUUAGCCUCUGACAGCAAUUUCAUGGGUCCUAAUCAGUGUCUAGGGCACAUUGACUUCCAGGAGCUAAGAAUGAUGUUGCUCAGUGAGUCUAGCAUCCCUCCAAACCAAGCUGAAAAAACUCCUAGUAGUAGCUCUGUGGAGAUGACUGGGCAGAGUUUAGUUAAAGCCAAACAUAGUGAAAACUUGGGUGGGCUAAAUAAAGAAAAUUUGCCUGUGGAAAAUUCAGCACCAAUUCUUGAAUCCAGAGCCAAAUCUGCAGUCCGUGUUCGAUUGGAAGACAGAUUCAACAGUAUCCAGGCCGAACUUCCCAGAUGUCAAGAAACCCAGGAAAGUGGAGUAGCCAUUAACAAUUUAGUAACUCUAAUUCGCCAUCCUUCAGAAGUGAUGGGUGUUCCUCUCCACCAGCAACAGAAUAAAUGUACCACAUUAGUGAAAAAUAAGACGGCUGCUACUACGACUACUGCAUUACAGUUUACAUGCCCACUGUUUAACCCGAAUGUUGCUUCUCCUGUAACUGGAAAUGCAAACCCUUCACAAACACAGAGCUCUGGAGCCUCUGUUCUGGAAACAGCCAAACAUCAAGACCUUGGGUUACCUCGAGCUUUUUCUAUUUGUUACCAGCAGGAAAUUGAGGCUACGAAACAGACUGUUGGUCCUAGAAAUAAGGCACUGCCUGAACAUGUUUGGAUUAAAUUAGGAGGAGAUGCUAUAUGUAAGCAAACAAUAAACAAAAGAAGUCGUAGUCGAAUACAUCCCUUGGACACCAAUGUGCAGCGCAAACCUCUUGGUGAUAUUCAGAAUGUGUGUGAUACCCAAAAUGCAGGCCCAGCUCAUAGCACUUGGCAAGCAACACAACCAACCCAGAGCGCACAAAGUGGAACUCAAGGUGGUGUCUCUCAGCGUCGGGAGAGACAUAACCGGAUGGAAAGAGACAGAAGGCGCAGAAUCAGGAUUUGUUGCGAUGAACUUAAUCUUCUGGUUCCAUUUUGCACUUCGGAUACUGACAAGGCAACAACUUUACAAUGGACAACAGCAUUUCUAAAAUACAUUCAGGAACGGCAUGGGGAUUCUCUGAAAAAGGAAUUUGAGACCGUGUUCUGUGGUAAAACAGGCAGAAGACUAAAGUUAACAAGAUCUGAUUCACUAGCAACAUGCUCGACACAGGAGAUUACUCAGAAUGGCACACCUAUGGAGAUAAAAUAG